CAAUAAGUGAUGAAAAGACAGCAAAAGAGUGAAUAAUUGGUUAUAAAAAGUAAUCAUUUGUUUGUCGAGUAUUCAUCUGAAAGUGAUUUACAAUUACUUGCGAUUCGUAUGAAUGCGGCGAAAAUGAGCUCAAAUUCAGUGCAAUUAAGUCAACAACAAUUCAAAAUCGUGUUAUUAGGCGAGGGGUGUGUGGGCAAGACCUCAAUGAUGCUGCGAUACUGUCACAACAAAUUCAAUGACACUCACGAGUCGACACUUCAGGCGUCGUUUCUGACCAAAAAGUUUAUCGUAAACAACACUCGAGUCCAGCUGUCCAUCUGGGACACGGCAGGUCAGGAGCGGUUCCACGCGUUGGGUCCCAUCUAUUACAGGGACUCCAACGGAGCGGUUCUCGUGUACGACGUGUCGGACGCCGAC